AUUAAUUACAAUGAUUUUAAUAUUAUUGAAAGUUUUUUUCUUGAUUAAUGCAAAUUUUCAUUGUGUCAAAUCAAAUGAACAACACUUCCACGAGAUCAUAGCCUACAAAACUGAUCAAAUCAAUAAUGAAGUCAAUACUAAAUUUGCGAUUGACAAAAAACUCUCAGUUAACGUUACUAUAGUUACUGAGACUAAAAAAGAUGAUUUGUUUAAAUAUUUUAAAACAACAUCUGUUGAACAAUGGGAAUUGUCAAAUCAGACACCAGCUACAAUGACACAAGAUGUUAAACAUAUUGAAACAUUUGAAAACAUUGUUAGAAUGAGUUCGCAAAAACAACUACUCAACACUGUUUCUAUUACUGAUGGCACCAUCGAAACUAUAUUUUCAGAUUCAAUUAUAAAAGGAACAAUUGAAGAUGGGAUCGAUUUGUUGGUUGUAUCAUUAACCUCUAAAAUCGAAUCUAGUAUAACAAUUAAAGAAGAAUCACAAAUUUCGCAAGAAACUGAAAAUGUUUCUACGGAAAGUUUAACAACAAUCGACGAGAAAGAAAUAAAAAAAUCCAAAACGAUCCAAAUUUCACAAAACAUAGAAGUUCCACCAAAUACCAAUCGAUUAUUAGUUAAUGCAAUGAUAAUGAAGGCUGAAAAUUUGAAAAUGGACUAUAUCAUCAGUUUUAUGUUCACUGGCUACCAAUACGAUUUGGAAAAUCAACUAGACCCUAUAAAAUCGGAAGAUAUCGAAACCUUAAUGCGCAUUAAAGGUUACAGUUUUACUAAAUGCUUAUCAACUAAGUAUACAACCUAUUGUUUAGUACCCUUAAGCGUAAGUGUUGACUUAGGUUUACGAACCUAUUUUACUGCAACUCCUUUGUAAAAAAAAGUAAUUAAUCUAUUAAUUUGUAAAUUUUGUUAAAUUUAAUAUU